UUACUCCAAGAUUGACCGGGGGGCGUGCAGCUAGAAGCAGUCUAGCCCUCUCUCCACGCGUUCUCCACCGUAAAGAGGCGCUAUUGGAAGAGGCGCUAUUGGAAGAGGCGAGUCAUGAGUGGCGGCGGGCCUCAGCAGGCAGCCGAGAGGCAGCUGGUGCAGGCUCUACGCGGAGACCUAAACCUCAUCUGCAACGAGGCCAAGAAACGGUUCCCCGCGGUGCGGGAGUCUGCCGAAAGAGGCUCAAUGAAGCUGAAAACACUAUCAGAAUCCCCUGGCUUCUCCAUGAAAGCUCUCGCAGACACUGACGACGUCGUUCAUCCACUACUGUUUGCGGCGGAGACAAAGAACCCUCGCAUCGUCCAAAUCUCGCUCACCUCUCUCCAGAAACUGAUGCAGUACAAGGCAAUCCCUCAGAAAAGUGUUGAGUCAAUAGUGGCAACUCUAAAGGUCCUGAUGGAGUCGCAGAUCGAAGAACUGAAGAUCCUCCAGACAAUUCUACUGCUGGUCACCUCCAUGAAUAUCGUUAGGGGGAGGUCCCUGUCCAAGGUCCUGGAGUUGUGCUUCAAGCUCUACUCAUCUCGAGACUCCAGUGUCCACAGCACGGCGGGCGUGGCCAUCCGGCAGAUCGUCACCGCCCUGUUUGAGCGGGUGUCGGCCGUCUCUGCUAAGGGAGACCUCGUCAGUGAGGAGGGGGAGGGUGAGGAGGAUGAGGUGGGAGGGCCGAAGAAGGAGAAGGAUUUGUCCAGGGAGGCUGGGGAUGCUUACCUUCUCUUCCAGGACUUGUGUUUCUUGACCAACGGAGACCCUCCAGCCUGGCUACCCAACACCCUUGAACUGGAGCUGUCACUAGGACUGGAGCUCCUGGAGACUGUCCUCAGGGAGUACCCUCAGAUCUUCAUGAAGGAGAAGGUUUUCAAUCUCCUGCUGACGGAGAGGAUCUGCCCCCUCAUCAUCAAACUCUUCUCCCCCAGUUCCAAAUAUCGCCACUCACCUCCGGCAAACUCCAUGUCACCCAACGACAAACCGACCUUUGCCCUCUCCGUCCGACUACUGAGGAUCCUGAGUGUCCUCAUUAGAGAAUUCUACACCAGUCUGGUGGGUGUGGCUUAGUGAGUGUCCUGAUUAGAGAAUCGAUCACACAAUGUGAGAUAUUCCUCUCAAUGUUGGUGAGGUUUCUGGACAGUGACAAGCCGCUGUGGCAGAGGACGCUGGCUAUGGAGGUCCUUCACUCCUUCACCAACCACCCUCUCCUGCUCAGGUCCUUCUGUGAGUACUACGACAUGCAGGAACACUCUUCUAGAAUUUUCAGCGACAUCAUCAACGCUGUCGGAGGUUUCAUCCAAUCAUAUCUCACCUCCGUCCCGGCCGCCUCGGUCCAGCUGCCGUUCGGGAUUACAUCGUCGGGCGGCGGUGCUAUAAAUAGUAGCACGGGUCACGUGACAUCUCUGCCGACUCUGAGCGGUCGUCAUGUGCACAUGUUCACCAUAAGAGGGACUGUAAUUCAAGUGGAGGCACUUCCUCCAAACUCGCACCACAAACAAGCUUUUCUGGAGAUGCUGGAUAAGAGCGAGGUUCCCGUCAUCUCCGAGGGGUACACCCUGGUGGUUGCCAUGACGGCACUGAUUGACGCGGUAAAGAGUGUGUCCCUGGUCGUUACCGACGAGGUGAAGGCAAAGAAGCAUGUGGCACAGUUCCUACAUCGCUCCCCUAGUCCAGGAGGGGACGUGAAGGAGAUGAUGCUGAAGUCGUCCUGGUCUGGAGUACUGGCCUCUCUGGCUCUCCUCCUGGACUCUUGUAAUGACGAGUACACCGCCAGACUGAUCCUCCAGUGCUCCCACAAGUUCAUCCAACUGUGUGGACUCAUGUCCAUGACAGUUCCCCGUGACGCAUUCCUCACGGCUCUCUGCAAAUCCUGUCUCCCUCCUCGAUUCACUCUCAGUCUCAUAACGUCGCAUCGGACCACGCGAUCGUCGUCUUCCGCAGCUGCUAUGGCACAGGAGGCCUCGGAGAAGAAAGGGGGAUUGGAGGGGGACCCUGUGAUUAUUAGGGGAGGGGGCGAGGGGGCCGCCGGGGGGUCGAGGAAGAAAUUGGCGUUCUCCCAGCCGGGGGAGGGGGCAGUGAGUGGGGGGAGUGUGGGAGGAGGGGGAGAGGGGGGAGGAGGGAAAGCCACGACGCCUGUUUCAGGACAGAAAGGGAUGCAGUCAGCUUUGGUAACAGUAAAGAACCUCCAGUGUACAGGUCAACUCCUAAAGAUCAUCAGUGACCAUGGCAACCUGCUGGAUACCGCGUGGCUCUUGGUCCUCACUGCUGUACAGCACAUCAAGGAGGUGUUUGGCCUGAGUCAGAUCCAGUCUCAGACUCUGCUAGAAAACUCCUCUCUGUCUCUGGUGAAUGUUGAGAAAAAGAGCGAGGUAUCCGCUGUUGUUGACAAACUCAACUCUCUCUUCAAAAACACCAAAAAGCUCUCCGGCGCCAGUCUGGAUCACCUGAUAUCGGCUCUCUGUCAGCUAUCGUUGGAUGAAGUCUCCUCCUCUCCCAACAGAGAGCCGAGUUUGUUUGCGAUGACAUCAUUGCUGGAGACCGGUGUGGCAAAUCUGGAGAGAAUUGACCUUAUUUGGCCUCCCAUCACAUCACACUUAUCGAGGUAUGAACUGUAGGGUAUAUGGCACUGAACUAGCAUAUGUGUGUGUCACAGUGGUGACCUAUUGUAAUUAUCGUUGUACGAGGUGCACUUUGUAACUGUUCGAGU